AGCGCGGGCCGGUAGCGCGGGGAUGCGUGGGAGGCCUCGGCGCGCUUCGGGAAGCAGUGGGAGCGCGUCCCGCUCCUUCGAACGCCGUGGUUGCUCAGGGUAACCCCGCGGGUUGACUGUCGGGGCAGGCGGCCUAGGGAGACCUGUUGCCUGCCGGUCUCGGCGCAGCGUGGUGGCACGAAGCAGUGCCGCGGGAAGCCGUAAUCCCUUGAGCAGUAUUAUUUCCCCCCCCUCGUCUUUACAGGCUUUGUAGUUCACCCGGGUAACACUGCGUGGUUAGUUUAUAUCCCGCGGCACGUGAACACACAGUGCUGCUCCGUGCCUGGCACGUUGAGCUCCAAAGCGGGGAUGCCUCCCUCCCAUGAGGAAUGUGCAUCUUCACAUCACAUGCUCAUUAAAUAAUUCCAUUGGUUAAUCCAGUGGUGGUGCGUGUUGUGAAUUUUCAUUUAUAGCUGUUUUAUCUACCACUGUUCUUCUAGGCAAAGCAACAUGCUGCAUUGGAAAUUAAAAUACUUGGUGAGAAAGCAUUUUCAUAGUUAUCAGAUAAGGCAGAGACUUUAAUAAACAGUAGAAGUCAGCUAUAUUUCCUUGCAUAGAACUGAAGUCCAUAGUUUUGUUAUCAGAGCAGACCGAGUCUGUUUGCAACUUUCUCUUGACUAAAGCUACCAAAUUUCUGGGGGAAAAAUACCCAUCCCAACACUUCCUCUAAAGCUGAAGCUUUCUGAUACUACUAGAAAACUGAGAGUAGCACCAGCUUUAUAAAACAUCUUUUUAAGCUAGUUUGAACACAAGGUUUUUACAGGCACAUCUGAACUGGAAGAAGGCUACUGCACUUCUGGUGGUAGUGUUUAUUGAUAUGCAAGUACACAGAUGUUUACAUGAUAAUAAUAAAGCUGUCUGUCAGUUUUCUGGACUUAAAUAUUAAAUUUUCUUUACUAAAACCAGGUUGUUUUUUGAUGUCACAUUUAUCAAUGGUGAAGAGAAACAGAUUCAGUUUGGUGUUAUUUUGCUCUAUAAUUCUGAGUUGAAAUUCUUUCAGAUUCAAAGUAGUGAUACGUACAGGUAGCAGCAUUAGAAACCUACUAGUAAAACGUAAGAUUUCUAAUUAUGAUCUAAAAGAUAAGUAAACAAGGCCUGAUGUUCUACUUGUUUUCAGCCACUGAAGUUUACACUCACUUUCUGUGACAAAAGAAAAGUUGAGGAUUUUAGUUUAGGAAAAUCCUGAGCAGGCCACAGUACGCUAAGUAACAAGUGUGGAAUGACUUUAAGAACUGUGAAUUCUGAGGAAGAGGCAGCUGGUGUUUUGAGCCACUUCUAACUGAGGACUGAAAAUGCCAGCAGUUGAAAGUGAAGCAAAGGCAAAAACCAAAGUCCGCUUUGAGGAAAUCUUCAGACGCCAUGCAGGCCUAACAGAUGCAAAGAAAUCAAAGAAAAAGAAGUUUGACUCUCCAGAGAGUAUUGUGCUUGAUACCUUUAGAAAUAAAAUUGAUCUAUCUAAGGAAAGUGUGAAUGAUGAAGCAAUUAUAAACAACACAUAUAAUCCUGAAGAGGAGAGUCCACGAUUUACAAAAAAUAAAUUGAGAGAGAAAGCAUCAAUUGCAGAGAAAAUAAACAAUGAUAUUGUUAGUGGAGAGAAGAAAAAGCAACCAAAGUCAAACAGGAAGAAAAAGAAAUCACUGUUACAAGAACAAUUUAAUGAGGAGGAAGAUUUAUAUGAAGCUAAAUUGGGGAGUUUUGAAAAAAAGACUAAUGAUUUUCCAAAGAAGAAAACAAGAAGUAAAUCACAAACAGAUGUACUUCCUCAAGAAGCAGGUAGAAAGAUUAAAAAUUCCUUGACUGAAGUGAGAAAUGUAACUGAAUUAGAAGAGGAAGAGCAGCUAAUUCAAGCCUAUCAACUGCAUGUGGCUGAGGAUGAGGCAAAUGCAAUUAAAAAGAAAAUGAGAAAGAAACUUAAAGAACAGAUGUCUGAAUCUACAUCCACAGUUCAAAGCCAUGAAGUUGCAUUGAACAAUGAAGUGGGCAAAAAGAAAAAAAAGAAGAAAGAAAUAGCAGUUUUAAGUGAAGCUGAAACAAGUGCAAUGUCCAUUUCUGAGCUGCAGCAUCAUCCGGAAAAAGAUGGCAAUGAAAGUCAGUCACCCGAAAGACUAUUUACAUCGGAAGGACAGACACUCAAGGAAAGCAUGGAUAAACAGAAACCUAAAGCCAGGAAGGUUAAAAAGAAAACCAGAAAAGAAGAAACCACAGAAUUUGCUGCAGAAAAUGAUGAGGAAAAGAAGAAUUCAGAAAUAUCAACUCAGUCUAAAUUUGGUUUUGCUGAUGAUCUGAUUUUGGGAGUUUAUAUCCAUCGAUCUGACCGACUUAAAACUGAUCUCUUGGUAUCUCAUCCUGUAGUUAAAAUCCAUGUUGUUGAUCAGAGAAGUGGCUUAUAUGUCAAGAAGGAUCACAGCGAGAGGGAAGUUUCAUCUUAUGAACAAGAAGAAAUAGAGCACAUUCUUCCUAUUAUGACUCAACCAUAUGACUUUAGACAGUCUAAAUCAACAGUUCCAGAGUGGGAAGAACAAGUAAUAUUUAAUGAGCGUUUUACUUAUUUUACCCAAAACACUGAAGAAAACCCUCAGGUUAUCCUGUUUUUUGAGGUCCUUGAUUGUCUAAGUAUGGAUGAAGUGAGAGCCAACUCCAAUGUACAAAUUCAGGAAGGUCAUUAUCGAAAAAUUUGUUGGGCAUUUCUAAAGCUUGUAGGUGCAAAUGGAGUUCUAAACAUUGGUGGAAAACUUCGUCUGCAAUUAUAUUACCCACCUUCAAGGACCAAGUCACGUUCAAAUGUUGUUGAGGUUUAUGACUGGUGGGCAAAAUGUCCUAGAAAUCGUUACCCAUCAACUUUAUAUGUAACUGUAAGAGGCAUAAAACUGCCGGAUCAUGUUGCUCCUUCUUUUCGCUCUAUGAUAGCUGUUCAGCAGGAACAAAGUAAUACAGCACUGUCUGAGCUCCAGAGAGAGGGAUACGAACCUUUUCCAGAGGAGAAAAAGGAACCAUUUAAAUGGUCAAGAUUGCCUGGACAGGCUUGCCGCAUACCAAACAAACACCUGUUUUCACUGCGAGGUGGAGAUAUGGGCUGUUUCUGUGUUCGUUUCUCUCAUGAUGGGAAAAUGCUGGCAGCAGCGUGUGCCGGAAGGAACGGCUAUCCCAUUGUUUUGUAUGAAAUUCCUUCUGGACAGUUCCUGAGAGAGUUUUAUGGUCACCUUAACAUAGUGUAUGAUCUUUGUUGGUCAAAAGACAAUCAAUACCUUCUUACUGCAUCCUCUGAUGGCACUGUCAGAAUGUGGAAAAUAGAAAUGCAGGCGGCAUCUGCAGUGAGAGUUUUCCCUCAUCCUUCGUUUGUUUACACUGCAAAGUACCACCCAAUUGCUGACUCAUUGGUUGUGACAGGAUGUUAUGACUCAGUGAUUAGAAUCUGGAAUGCAAAUGUGAAAGAAAUCCAUGGGCAACUGCUACAGGAGCUUGAUAGUCAUAAAAGUUUCAUCAACACACUUUGUUUUGAUGCAGAAGGACAGCACAUGUUCUCAGGAGAUAGUUCAGGAUUGAUAAUAGUUUGGGAUACACCUGUCAACGGAAGUUCUCAACAUCUAUUUCAACACUGGAGGAUCAAUAAGGAAAUAAAAGAAAAUGAUAUUAAAGGGACACCAAUAAAUCAUUUGGAGGUGCAUCCGAAUGGAAGGCGUUUAUUGAUCCAUGCCAAAGACAGUAUCCUGAGAAUUAUAGAUCUCAGAAUCUUUGCUACGAAGAAAUUCAUAGGUGCCACAAAUUACAGAGAAAAGAUUCACAGCACCUUAACACCAUGUGGUACGUUCCUGUUUUCAGGAAGUGAAGAUGGAAAGGCUUAUGUUUGGAAUCCAGAAACAGGAGAUCAGGUGGCCAUAUAUUCUGAACUCUCCUUCACAUCUUCACUUCGUGAUGUUGCCUUUCAUCCACAUGAACACAUGGUGUCAUUUUGUGCCUUUGGUCAAAAUCAGCCAAUACUUAUAUACAUUUAUGAUUAUAAAGUUGCACAACAGGAAGCUGAACUCAUAAAAGAUCUCAGUUCAUCACUUACCACAGCUGCGCCAAGAGGGCCACAGUUCUUUAGCAGUUUUUCUGAAAUUCCUGUGCAAAAAAACUUAGUGAUGUCUCCGGCAGAUCAGUUUGUCAGUGUUGCAAGAGCAUCAAUGAGAAUGCAGAAGGUGAAACAAAAACUUGAUUCUGUUUUGGCGAGCUCAAAUCUCUUGCUUCCUGCGCCAUCAUCACUGUCACCACACUCCAAGCUAAGACUGCCAGGCACUCUCAGCACUCCACUGAAUCCUCUGUAUUCUUUCACUACUGAAAGUGGGUGUUUCAGCCCAGUAGGAAAUCCUCCUAGCCGAACACUAUUGGGUAGACUACAGAUGAAUGAUGACAGCCUGACAGCACUGGGAGUGGGAGGAGGAAGCAGUUGUCCACUCGUGCAAGAGACAGUAGUGGCUCUUUAUGACUACACAGCGCAUCGAUCAGAUGAGCUAACCAUCCAUCGCAGUGACAUUAUCCAAGUGUUAUACAAAGAUAAUGAUAACUGGUGGUUUGGCAGCCUAGCAAAUGGACAGCAAGGCUAUUUUCCAGCUAAUUAUGUGGCUGGUGAAAAAGAGUAUGAAGAACAACCUUCAGAAUUAGUAUCAGAUUCUGCUCCUCUUCUGCCAGAAGGACCAACAGAAGCAGAGGAAGGUUCUCUGACAUUAGAUAAGAUGUCACCAGUCAUUAGCAAGUCAGGGGACCUAAAAUUUGUCUCCAAGCGUGACACAGAUAGAGACUCACCUGCAACACAAGGUACAAAGAAAAAGAAGAAAAGGAUACAGAGGAAUGAGAGAGAAAAUCAGCACAACUUAAUGAGUCUCGAUACUCCUCUGUCAUCAGUUACAGCUAAUGGUGUUGAAAAUGAACCUACAUCCCAUGGGGUGGAAUUGAAGAAGAAAAAGAAAAAGGCAGUGAGAGGCUCAAACUUAAGCACAAAUGGAAAGACAAAUACUGCCUUUGAACCUGAAUGCUGGGACGUAUAGUCAUAAUUUAUUUCUGAAUACUGGUGUGAUAUUCAUUACACACAUUGAAGGCUCCAAUUUCGGUCUCUCUUCUAGGAUUAACAGCAAACAAAGAAAUUAAAAUACUUAAAUAUGCAAAAUGCCACCUGUUGUGACUUACUGAUGGUGUUAACCUGCUUUGGGUGACUUUUGUCCUUGAAAUCAACAGUGAGGUUCAGCUCCUCACUGGACUGGAAAAAAACUGAAACUGUCAAAUACAACAUUUCCUAAUUUAAUAUCUGAUUUAACUUUCACUUAGGCAUUUCUGUAGGCUGUAGAUCAAUCCACUGUGAGCGGAGAAUCAAGUGAAGAAGUGUGAUCUAGAGCAAAACAAGCUCAACCACUACAUAUAUUAUUAAGUUAGCAUUCUAAAAUGUGUUGUAAGUAAAACAGAAGAGUGUUCAGAACGGUAAAAUUCCAAAGAAGUGCUGACAUUAAGGUGUACCUAAAAAUGUAAGCUUUUUGAAAAUAUUUUUCUGACAUCAAAUACUCACUUGGACUGCAUUUUGCAGCUCUGAACGGAAUUAACCUAUGUAACUACACUGUCUUCAGUAGGACUACUCAUUCUUAUCAAAGUAAAUAAGUGUUGCAAAUUCCAGACAGUUAUAUUUUUCAGAUGAGGUUUUCUGCACAUAGUGAAGAUUCAUUGGAGUUUUGUCAGAGUUCCUGGCUGCUUUGGCAGCAGUCUUGCCAAAGAUACUUUGGUUUUGUCUGAAUGAAAUAUUUCAUAUCCAACUAUGCCGUUUGUUUUACUUGUAGUCCUUAUUCACUUGUGUCAUUAAUCUGGUUUUUUACUUGAGUAUUAUUUUGUGAACUUUUACUGAUGACUUCAUUAAUUAUCUAUGGUAUUAAAUAAUUUAUGUUUUAUAUUAAAUGAAAUACUUUCUAACAGUUA